CUUCUCUUCCUCAAUGGCAAAUGGGUUUGUGUUCGUCGUGUUCUCAAAGCAAUCGCAAAGACGAUAGAUACGUGGAGAGAAUUUCUUGUCAACUUUCUGAGAGCAGCAACGGCAAAAAGGGCAAAAGCUUAGGGGGAAAAACUGAAAAAGACAAAGAAACUGGAGAGAAGAUUGAGAGAGUCAGCAGUCGAGAAAAAAUGGGUUAUUUGAAUCAAUCGGAAAAAAAAAGAUUAUCAACAGUUUCUUCCACAAAUGACGYCAUGGAUCUUGACCACAGUACCGAGAUCAAAGAGAUCAAAGUCAUGAAGCCAUCUGGGGCCAAAAGAAACACCYUAGCCCAUAUAUCCUAUACGCCGAAAAGAGACUCAUGGGGCGGGAGUGUGCCUGCGUUUUUCAAUACAACAAAGCARGARGUUCAAAUAGACGACACUUUAACACCCGGMAAAAGAAACAUGUCUACUUGUUCUCGAGAAUUUGAGGUGCGUGGAUCUAUCAAACCACAAGAACUUGGAAACUGGGAGGAUCAAUUUGAAUCGAGAAGGAAGUUAUCUGGACCAAGGAGGAAUUUAAGACCAAAGAUUGGCAGUGUAAGAGUGGAGCCCCUUCAAACAGUYCGCGAAUAGAUCAUCAUGAAAUCUACCAAGCAUUUCAUUUCAGCAGGAAAUAAAUUCACAUACUCAGUGAACUUUUGUACAGAUGACUUUGAGAGUAUAUUACCGAAGGAAAAACGUGAUGAAUUGCGAAUGUAUCAUUAAAGCAGA